AUGGAGUUCUUUCUGCGUAAAGCUGGACACCCGAACCAGCAGGUGCGGACGGUGCCUAAUGGGACCGUGGCUGAAUUUCCCAUCACCAGUGUUGGCCAGGAAGAUGGAGGGAGCUACACCUGCGACUAUCGCUCCAUAGUGGAUCAGAGUCACUCAUCACAUCACAGCAACCCCGUCGAGAUCAUUGUGGGAGAGCCCAGCUACCCCAAACCCAACAUCUCCGUGAGCCUGGGGGGAACUGUGGUCGUCCGGUGUUGGGGGCAGCACCAGGACGUGCGAUUUGUGCUGAAUAAAGAGGGACGCCAUUUCCCACCUGUGGAUUCGGACGGGUUUGAGGCUGUGUUCUCCAGCAGCAACGUUCACCGGGAUCUUGGCGGGAGCUACAGCUGCUCCUAUCACAGCAAAUCGGAGCCGUUCGCCGUGUCGUACCCCAGCGACCCCGUGGAGCUGGUGGUGAGAGAUCCCAGCUUACCCAGACCCUCCAUCUCUCUGAGCCCCACUGGGGUCACCGCCCCAGGGGCAGACGUCACCAUCCAGUGUCAGGGGCAGCGCCGGGACACGAGGUUCUUCCUGCACAAGACUGGAGACCUGAACCCCCAGCGACACAUGGACCCUGCUGGGGCCAGGGCCGAGUUCCGCAUCCCCAGCGUGAGCCGGCAGCAUGGAGGGAGCUACAGCUGCAGCUACCGGCCCCGAUCGGAGCCCUUCGUCUCCUCGCAGCCCAGCGACACCGUGGAGCUGGUGGUAGCAGAGGGAACUGACCCAACCCAGCCUGGAGCGGCGCCGGCUCCCACCCGCCCGGGCAGCGCGGGGCCAGCCUAG